UGCUGGAGGAGGGACAGUAAUACAAAUUUUGUUCCAGAAAAAGCGCUUGUUCUUGCGUUGUUUUCAGCGACAAUUUAUUUUUUUUUCCUUUCAAAAACUUCGUUUGAGGGGUUUGUUUAGUCUGUGUUUUCAGAAAGACAAUUCAUGCAUGUCCAAGCAGAGUGGAGAACUUGAAAGAGGGGAGCUUUCGUCCAGUUGGCUAAAUACAGCGCGAGAGAGGUUGCCUCAGAAUGAUAAAACAAUGUCUAUGUCAGAACGACUGGAAGUACAGCCUCUGAGUUUCAAAUCGGCAGCUUGGACACGGUCAGAAACACCAAGACUGGAAUAAAAAAGGAAAACAAGAAAAAUCCUAUGGCUUGAAGUUUCUAUAUCUCUAUCUAUAUGUCAGGCCGCAGCUCAUGGAUUUCCUCACGGAGUAUGCCUACAACGACACCAACGACACCUACUACUAUGACGCCGCUAACGGGACGUCGAACAACGGCACGGCAUGGGAGCCCCGGCAUCCCUACAACUACUACGCCAUGCUGCUCAUGCUGCUCAUCUUCGUCAUCGUCUUCGGCAACAUCCUGGUGUGCAUGGCCGUGUCCAGGGAGAAGGCUCUGCAGACCACCACCAACUACCUGAUCGUCAGCCUGGCCGUGGCGGACCUGCUGGUGGCCACGCUGGUCAUGCCCUGGGUGGUCUAUCUGGAGGUGGUGGGAGAGUGGCGCUUCAGUAAGAUCCACUGUGACAUCUUUGUCACUCUGGACGUCAUGAUGUGCACGGCCAGCAUCCUCAAUCUGUGUGCUAUUAGCAUUGACAGGUAUACAGCCGUUGCCAUGCCAAUGUUGUACAGCGGGCAGUACAGCUCCCGGAGACGCGUCACCCUCAUGAUCUCCGUGGUGUGGGUGCUCUCCUUCACCAUAUCCUGCCCCCUGUUGUUUGGACUAAACAAUACAGCAAGUCGGGACCCGGCGGUGUGCGAGAUAGCCAACCCCUCGUUCGUGAUGUACUCCUCCAUCAUGUCCUUCUACGUGCCCUUCAUCAUCACGCUGCUGGUCUACGUGCAGAUCUACGUGGUCCUGCGCAAGCGGCGGAAACGCGUCAACACCAAGCGGGGUUUUCAAAAGGUCAAAGUCAACCUCCAUGCUCCUACCAAUGAUAAGUGCACUCAUCCAGAAGAUGUGAAACUGUGUACCGUUAACGUGAAGAGCAACGGAGCCAUCCCCAGCAAGAACCAGCAAGGUCUGCUGGUAAAGGACGCGGCGCUGCACGGCAGCGAGCUGGAGAUGGAUUUAAUGACCAGCGGCUCUCCUCAGCACCAGGAGAGGAGGAAAGUGCUCGCCACAGAAAUUGGUCAGCAGCAACAGCAGCAUCCGCGGAAUCCACAGCAGCAGCAGCAGCAGCUGACUCUCCCGCUGAACGCCGACGCAGACGGCCCCUCUCAGCUGGAAUCGCCGAGCCACAUCGAGGAGAAGAACGGGGACGCCAAGGACAGACAGGGGCAGUCCCCGAUAACCGCCAAGGCCCUGGAGGCCCAGGCCAUGCCCAAUGGCAAAACGCGCACCGCCGCCGUGCCCAAGCUACCGCAGUGCAAGAAGAAGAUGGCACAGCACAAAGAGAAGAAGGCCACACAAAUGCUGGCCAUUGUGCUGGGAGUGUUCAUCAUCUGCUGGCUUCCGUUCUUCAUCACCCACAUCCUGAAGACCCACUGCACCAGCUGCGUGGUCCCUCUGGAGAUGUACAAUGCCUUCACAUGGCUGGGCUACGUGAACAGCGCCGUCAACCCCAUCAUAUACACCACCUUCAACGUGGAGUUCAGGAAGGCCUUCAUCAAGAUCCUGCACUGCUGAUAAAAGGGGGCUCUACUCCGCUGACUGGGGGACUGGGGAUCAAUAACGGAGGAAGAGGAGGAGGAUACGGAGGAAGAGGAGGAGGAUAUGGAGGAUGAAAGGAACAUAUUGUCCGUGAAAAGAAAAAAAAACGGCAGAAUUUGAAGGUUAGAGGUGCCUCAGGGCUUUGCUUGCAGGCACGUUACA